UGUGAGAAGGCGUUCAGUUAACGGACACCACGAAGUGGUUGAAUAACGACUUGGACAGAAUCACGUUACUUAUCAAACACUGUGCCACGUACACCGAAUAGUGCAUUAGUACAUCUGAAAAAAAAAGGUGAACGGAUCACGUUCGAAGAACACAACAAUGUUUUCUCCGUUGCCACCCAAUGCGAAGAAGCUACAUAAGGCGAAAACUCCGAUUAUCAGGGACGGUAAACUUUUUGAAGGUUACAUUGAAACAAAUGAGGGGAACCUUACUCAAUAUUUCUCCCAUAAUAAGAGACUAGUUUUUGAAGGGUUUUACAACAACGAUGUUCCAGUAGCCAUCGUAAGGACAUUGCUGGUUUCCAGCCAACAGCAGGAAAAAGAACAACAGCAGAAGAAAGAAAUUGAACGGGAGUUUCGAAUAUUGAAAGAACUACGACGCCACGAAAAUUUUAUCCGCUAUUACGCUCACGAAAGAGACGAGAACUUUGUGUAUUUUGCAACAGAAGUAUGCCUGUGUUCUGUGGCAGAUCUUUUAGAUCCAGCCCUCGGCAAGGACAUACCCAUGAAAACAGAUAUUCUCAAAAUACCAGAGAAAGAAAUCCUGCGACAGGCAACGAGUGGACUCAAUUACUUGCACAAUAACCAAUUUGUCCACCGCAACAUCAAACCAAAUAACUUUCUUAUUAAAGAGAUUAACAAAGCAGGCGGAAGCUCUUACCGAUUUGUGGUUAAAAUAACAGAUUUUCGCUUGUCGAGAAAAUAUAAUCCUGAAAAUGAUUCGACGUUAUCGGGACCAGCUGCAUCAGAAGGAUGGGAAGCACCGGAAAGCACGGAUACGACAAAAAAACUCAGCACAAAAUUGGAUGUCUUCAUUCUCGGUUGUUUCUAUCAUUAUGUCCUAACCGCAUGGACGAGCCACGAAAAACCCAGACAUCCAUUCGGCACUGUAGAAGAGCGUGCGACAAACAUCCGAAAUCCGUCUUAUUCAUUAUAUACGGAUGGCCGUCUGUCGCUUCCCAAAAAGAUCAAGGAGAAGGAAAAGGUGGAAAAGCUUAUAACGUGGAUGUUGAAGUUCGACGAGGACAAACGUCCAACAUUACAAAAUGUUUUUGAUGAUGCUUAUUUCAAACCUUCCGAAGAUUACAUGAUAUAUGCUGAUCAAGAUGCCGAUCAAGAUCUUAAACCCGGUCUUUGUGUUAUCGUCAACCAGCAAGAAUUUGAGGAUCCGAAACAGAACCGUAAAGGGAGCGACAAGGACAAAGAAGCGUUAAAGAAUACAUUUAAAAAGCUUGGUUUUGACUUUAAAGUUUACGAAAAUCUAGAUUCGGUUGGAUUAGAAUCUGAAAUCAACGAACUGGCCAACAAAAAAAAUUUCGAGAAUUAUGGUUGCCUAGUUGUAUGUCUUUUGUCUCAUGGAAUUGAGAAUGCAAUCUUAUGUUACGAUAGCAAAUUCGUUAACAUAACCAAGCUCAAAUACGAGUUCUCUUCGAAUAAUUGUCCCAGUCUGUAUGGAAAACCCAAAAUCUUUAUCGUCCAGUCUUGUCAGAGUAACCCGGAACCGCGGAAAAGAAAAACAGUUGUUCGUCGUUCCCUAUCAACCUCCGUUUCAGGUACAUUGCAAUCACCACCACCCAGAGUUCAAUUGGUAAACAGCGCUUACGCAAAGUUACAACAAAUGAAAAUUCAGGACAGCGCUCAAAGAAUUCCACCACUUAUGGAUUUCAUUACAAUCAAAUCAACUCUACCUGGUCUUAAUGCAAAGCGAAGUCGCACGAAAGGUAGCAAGUUCAUUCAAGCACUGUGUAAGGUUUUGUCAAAUGAAUAUUUGGAGGAGGAAACGGGAACGUCACCUCGUCAUCUUGAAGAGUUGCUUAGAUGUGUUCAGAACGAAAUCGACAAAAAUUCAAAGAAUAGCUGGCAAACUAUGCAAUGGGAAGCAUGCCUAAGUAAAAACAUUCGAUUUCGCAAUAGUUGCACCGAAGGUAUUGACCUUACGUCACUGAAUUUCGAAAAAGAUACGUGUUCCCGAGUUGCCAUUGCAACUUAGACGGGGUUCGCGCACGCCCUGAUUUCCCUUCCUUCUUUUAAUUUGUUGGCCUAUUGUUUCUCUCGUCUUAAGUCUUUUGUUCUUUUUCGUAGACAACGGCAUGAUUCAUGACGUGUCAAUCGCGUAGAUUCUUUUCUGCCGAUUACCUGUCGUGUCGCCAUUUUUCCGCAUCGUCCCGUUUUUUGUCUUAAGCUUAAUAUAGCAUUUUUUCUACCCUACUCGUAUUCGUUUUCAUUCGCUACAUCGGAUUUCGCUUUAUACGUGCUUAGUUUGCAACAAUACGUUCGCAUGUAAUAUCCAAUAAUAAUCGAUGAGAGAUCUAAAUUGUUCUUGAACAAUGAAAAUGAACUCUAGGUGUCCCAUAUAUUUAUUGCUCGUAGAUGAUUUUCUUAGAAAAUCAGACUGUUUGAAGCCAAAAACUUCAUCGGCGUUUAUGAAACAACGAAUAUAUGGUGUAUGAAAUCAUCUUGUUUCCCUAGUGGCACUAUCAGUAAGUGUUUAUUAUGUGUUCGAUUUUAUUCGUAUUGCGUAACUGGAUGUGUGAUGUACCGUACCUUUGAUCUUAGUGCGGGUUUGCUGAGCUCGCAAAUUUCUGCUUGGAAAACGAAAUAAAUUUUUUAAGAUACGGUCCGUUUGAACGCCCGCCGUCUCGGCCAUAUCUUCUACCAUAAUACCGCCUUUGCCUGAUAAUGGUAGAGUUUUUUAUUUAUUACUUUUUAUUAUUUUUUUACACUGUAAGAAUUUUGUCCAGCUUGUAUAGACUUUUCGUUCCAUGCAUUAGUAGAUUCCACACAUGCGCUAGCUUAAGAUCCCAUUGUGUGGCUAUUUACUUAGUAAAUGUUGCUGUUAACUGAUAGGACAGGCAAAGGCCAGCUAAAAUUUCAU